AUGCUCCAGCAGCUGCCCCUGCGCUCCAGCAAGAGCGCCCCAGUGGUGCAGCCGCUGCUGCCGGUGGCAGCGGCGCCCGCCUCCCCCGGCCCGCGCCCGGCACUGCACCAGCAGCUGCUGCGCCGCCGGGUGCGGCGCACCAUGCUGCUGGGCCUGGCUGCCUUCCUGCUGGUCAACUGCAUCCUGGCCAGCCGGGCGCUGUACCGGGCGUGGCAGGGGCGCGGCAGCGAGCGGGAGCAGCUGGAGGAGCGGCCGACCGAGGUCAGGCGCCAGGUGGUCUCGGCAGCCGACAAUGUGGUGGCAGCGACCAUGGAUUCUGCUGAGGCCCUCAAGAGCGCCGCGAAGCACACGGCGACAGUGGCGGGGCAGGCAGCGGGGGCGGCCAUUGGAGCCACAGUGCCGCUGGCUGCCAAGGCUGCCUCAACCCUGGGCACUGCUGCCAAGGACGCCGUCAGGAUGGCUGCGGGCGUGAUCAACGGCAGCGUUGCAGUGAAUAAGACGACUCCCAAGGUCACGGCAGCCAAUGUCGCAGCCAGCACGCCUGCAGCCAAUGGCGCGACCACCUCAGGGCCGCAGGCCAAGAGGCAGGCCAGGGAGCUGCCGGCACCGCCCACCACGGCCGAUGCGAGCAACGACAGCUGUGCCCAGGCGCUGGGCAUCCCAAAGGUCGCUCUCUUGUUCCUCACCUACGGCCCUCUUUACCACGAGGCCGCCUGGCGCCUGUGGUUUGCGUCGGCAGCCGGCCUGCUGCCGGCUCGCGAGGCAGAGAGUGCUGUGUGCGAACCGGGCGCAGAGGUGUACGAGGCGAUGCGUGGGGCCUGCUCUUCCGCAACAUCUGUGGGAGCAGUGGCCGGCAUGGGGCCGCAACCUAUCGAGCGACAACAUCUGUACAGCGUGCACAUCCACGCGCCGCCCUCGUUUGAAGGUUACCCGUCGGGCAGCCUGUGGGAGGGCUGCCUAAUCCCUCGCCGUGUGCCCACUGGGUGGGGCAAUUUCUCGCUGAUAGAGGCCACACGAAGCUUGCUGUGGGAGGCGUUCAAGGAUCCUCUAAACCAGCGGUUUGUGCUGCUGAGCGAAAGCGACAUACCGCUGUACGACCCGCUCACCCUGCACCAACAGCUGCUGGCGGAGGACAAGUCGCGGACGGAGCACAUGAAUGCCAGCCACUGGCGCAAGAGCGGGCAGUUCAUCGGGCUGACGCGCGCGCAUGUGGAGGCGGUGCUGCGGGACGUGGAGGUCUACCGCUCAUUUGAGCAACACUGCAUCUACGAGUGGGACGAUACCCGUAAAGCAUUCCGCGACUGCUUUGCUGGUGUGUCCAUGUCCUCAUCGCCUGCUUCUUCAACCAGCCGACAAGACGAGCACUACUUUCCCACCCUGCUGGCGGCACUGGGGCGUGAGAACGAGACUGAGUGUGGCGGCUGGGGCGUGGCCACACAGGACUGGAGCAAAGGCGGCGCCCACCCUAAGGCCUACAGGCACGGGCCCGCUGCUCAAGCCCUGCGGCUCCUUGCACGCCCGCAGGCACCUGUUUCUCAUGAUCCCCUAGCUGCCGAGGUGCGCCCAGCACUGGUUCGCCGCGUGCGCGAGCCCUCCCAGUGCGACAGCAACGCCGCUUUUACAGACGCUCAGCUGAUGUAUGUCGAUGCCGGAGCGGCGCUGGCCGCUGACCGCCACGCGACAUGCCAGCAGCUGCAUGCGGCUGUGGCUGAGGCCAGUUACUCGCACGCCUUGCCAGGGUCCUGCCCUCUCACAGCUCGCAAGUUCCCACCAGAGACAGCGGCGGCAGUGGAGCAGCUUUUCAGUGCUUCCUGCUCUGCCUCAUCCAGUGGCGGGCAGCAGCAGAAGGGUGGCGGAGAUGGCGCGCUCCACCUGCUUGGCAAGGCUUACUGCCGGGCAGCUGCGCCCAAGGAAUAA